UUACGUUGAACCGUCUUCGCAAGGGAGGCAACAUCAUUCCCGGAAAGGUUUUUCCAUACAUGUUGGUCCCCAGCUGGCGAUCUUGGCGCCAGCUUUAGGCUGCCAGAAACACAACAUGAUGAACAGGGAGCUUCCCAAAGGCGACGUGUCUCCUCCGUCCAUCUCAGAAAGGCUCUGGCAAUCCUGCUCCGAUCUUGCCACCAAGGCGCUGACUGGUGCCUUCAUUUCUCAGCUGGCGGCAGGAACGCUGAAGAAGGUCUCCUUCCAGCAUUACAUUGCACAGGACGCAUUCUUCUUGACCGCAUUUUGUGAGACGUACGAGCUUGUGGAGGAGCGCGUCAGCGACGCUGAUGCGAAAGGGGCGCUGCGAGAUUUGCGGGAUGCGGCGCUGCGGGAACUAGGAAUGCAUGCUGGAUACGCGAAGGCUUGGGACAUAGACCUGGGGGACUACGCCCAACCCAGCGCAGCAACGAGGAACUACAUUGACUUUCUUCGGCGGGCAGCGUCAGGAAGUACCACAGUCACUGCUUCCAGCCCUCCUGAGAAUGGCGCUAACGAAUCACAGUCAACUCAGACGGUAUUGUCAAACGGCUCCAACGGGGCGGACUGGGAGGCUAACGGAAAGGUGAUUGGGGAGGGGGAGAGUGAAAGGGAUUCACGAAGCGAGUUGGAAGCACGAACGGCAAACGGAGCCCUCCAAGAAAGGGCAGACAUAAAUAAUCACACAACCGAAGGUGGCUCAAGUCGUGACAGUCAAAUCACAGAGGUAAAAAGCAAAAAUAGAGUAGCAGGGGACACGUUGGAUCAUGAUGCUGCGAGAAUGAUUGCUGCGUUGGUACCGUGCAUGCGGCUGUACGCCUUUCUCGGCACGGAGUUGCGGCGGGGGCGGGACCUGACGGGGCAUCCUUACCGGGAGUGGAUCGAAACGUACGCGUCGCAAGACUUUCAGGCUUCGGCUUCUAAAUUGGAAGCGGUCCUCGAUAGCGUUUGCGGACAAGACACGUCGUUCGAAGCCCUUUCGCCAACUUACCGGACGGCCAUGCUCUUGGAGCUUGACUUCUUUGCAGCCCAGCCUGGCCUGUGAGGUCCGCCAUAAUGUUCACAUUUGGAAUGUUCAUCCGGGAACGUACUGAUAUCAGAUAGCCUUUCAAUGCCUUGCAAGAAGUAGUCUUCCGAAACUCGCGUCUUAAAUCGGAUAAAGCUUGACUGAACUUGUAAAACAAUCCAGUGCGCGAUGAGGUAUGUCACUGUCGGCUGGCAUUUGAGUGCAUGAUGCCCUAAAGGCCGAUUGCACGUCCGGUCUCCACCUUUACUAGUCGUCACAAAGUCAGUGACAUUUAUAUCACUCAAGAAAUAAUCAAG